UAACACGAAAAAGAAAAAAAGAGACAGAGGGAAUGGCCAAGGAAGAAGAAGUGGUGGCUGAAGUGGAAGCUGUAGAAGCCGUAUAUGGAAGCGAUUGCGUGGUUGUGCGUUCCUUCCCUCCCCAUUUUCACAUCUCUCUCAAACCCAGAACCGCAGAUGUUUCCUCUCAACAGUUUGUAGAAGCUGUUCUGGAGAUACGAGCAAGCCAACAGGUAUGUUUUGAGAGCUAUCCAAAAGAACCACCUCAUCUCAAUCUUGUGGAUUGCAAGGGUCUGGAUGAACUGAGACAGAAGCAUUUAUUAAAUUAUAUACAAAGUAAAACCUACGAGCUUGCCCCUUGUUUAAUGCUCGUAGCUCUCUGCGAGGAAGCAGUAGAGAAACUCUCAGCUAUGAAUCAUCCUGAUGGUGAUUGUCCAUUGUGUUUAUUCCCUUUGGUCCCCGAAGAUCAGCAAAGUGAAACCUUGCCUUUCAUGAAGUUGAUGUCUUGUUUUCAUUGUUUUCACAGUGAAUGUAUCAUUAGAUGGUGGAAUUGGCUUCAAAAGUCUAAAGAAACAGACUCUACCAAUUCAGAUAAUGCAACUGUACGUCCUAACCAAGAUAAUCAUAAAAAAAUGGAAGAGAGUAUCGGAAACUGCCCAGUCUGCCGCAAGCCUUUUCUUGCCAAGGAUUUGGACCAUGUACUUGACCUAGUCGGCUCGCAUCCCUCCCAAUUGAGCUUGGAUAACGAUGAAGCCAAUGACGAGGAAAAGCUCCUUGAAUCCAACUAUGAGGUUGCAAGGAGACACAAGUUUGAAGCCAUAUUAAAUUUACAGAAGGAGAACAGUGGUUUGAUUGAACCCAAAAGAGAUAUAGUAAUCUUGCCAGGUAUGUAUCUUGCACAACCAGUUGAAACGCCGAGCUCUACGUCGACCAAGGAACCUGAUGAGCAGCAAGAAAAAGAUCCACCUGCGGUCGUGUCAGGAAAACAUGUCAGUGGGAUGUCGAACGGACCUAGUUCUAGCAGGCAGAGGAAUUUUGGUGCAAGGAGGCAGAAAGCAAGAAGUGAUCACCACUCUACUUCAACUGUAAGAAAUCCAAGAAAACCAGUUCAACAGUGGGUUAGAAGAGAUAAUCCUAGCAAUAAUCAAUAAAAGUGAUGUCUCUCACUUCUAUAGCUCUUAUUUAUAUGUCACAUAUCAAUGUUUAAAAGAUGCAAAACAAGAUAUAAAUAGUAGGAAAUGACACAAAUAGGUGCCUCUCCCACACCCUUUUUAGUUAAAGGGGUGUUGGAGAAACAGAAGAAGCAAAGAGAGGAAAGACGUGCACAUGGUGCUUGGUUUAUGCAAUUUCCUGUGUUGUGUUUUUUCAAUUUUUGAUUGCCAUAAUUUUCGUUUGUUUCAUUUGGAAA